AUGUCCUGUGGCGUCGACUCCUGCGGAGCGCCCAUUCCGACUUCGCCCAUCGGCACCCUAUUCUCCCUUUCGCCAUUCAUCGCUACCUUUGCCAUUGUCAGCUCGGUAGUAGCCGGUAAGGUGUUCCCGAAGCUCUCCCGCGUACAAGACGACCGCGAUGAUGGCGAAGGCCACUAUCUGCCCCCGUCAGCGCCUCUGAGCCUGCAACAAGCGCACGCCGAGCGCGGGGCCCGUUCGAUGCGCCGCCGAGUAGCCGCCAUAACAUUCUCCGCUACGAUAGGCCUGGCCGCCGUACUUGGAGAGCUCAUCCUGGCCGAGAUCUCGGAUCUUGUCAGUGCCCACGCCCGCGCCGUCGCCCUGCGGUUCACGGUGCCGAUGCUCCUCUUCAUGCUCGUGGUCCUCAUUCCGUUCCUGGAGCUGCAGUCUGUCGUGCGCACAGCCAAGGGGCGCGUCCCACGCAUCGCCUGGACCUUGCAACUCCUCGGCUUCGGCGCCUGGCUCUUCCUGUUCUGGUCUAUAGGCAAGGCGGUGCCCCGUCCUGACGGGACCGAGUACCUCUGGGGGAUAGCAAACAGCGAUGGGGCCGCCUUCGACAGCACCGCGCUGACCAUCGGCCGGGCCGAGGCCAAAGCCGAGUCGGUAGGCGACGUUCUCGUGGGCGGUAGGCUCGCCCGCGCGUGCCUCGAGCGCAUCGGCGUGAUCGGCAUCCUGCUGAUGGCUUUGCUCUCCGGCUUCGCCAGUGUCUCGAGCCCCUGGCACACCUUCGCCGACAACCGGGCCUUCCGCAAGCGGCCCAUCACCGAUAUGGACAUUACGCGCAAGCAAGCUGGGCUGGACGCAACGAGUGAGAUGUUGGCCACCAAGCGACACCGCCUGCGCUCUCUCCAGGACAAGCUAGCCUGGCGGGCCGAAGCGUCCAGCCACAACACUGCGGGUAACGGCAACGGCAGCAGUACUCUAGUUGGCAAAAUGCUCGGCUCCCUCAAAGGCCUAGCCACGGGCUCAUCAGCAGAAGCAGCCGAGAUCAAGUCCCUUCAAAUGGAAAUCUCCGGUCUCGAAACUUUGGAAUCCAACCUGUCCUCCUCGCUCUCCAUCCUACGCUCACGGCAAGCCGCGCACGCCCGCGACGGUACACCCCUAGGCCGUCUCCUGUCCUUGCCAUCCUAUAUCUUCAGCAUCUACUGCAUCUACCGCGUGCUCGCCACGACAUUAACCACCCUUCGAAACCAUCGUUCUUUCUUCUCCCUCCUCUUCUUCUCCUCCACCACCCACUCCUCCUCAGGAGGGUUCACAGGAGGCAGCACAUUCUCCUCCACCGACCCCAUUAACCGCUUCCUCUCCCUUCUCGCCAAGCACUGGGAUCCAAAACUCGACCAAGUCGCCUGGGCACGGCAAAUCUCCUUUCUUCUCUCCGGAGUCAUCCUGUUAGGUUCCGCCAAUUCGGUCAUUGUCACCUUCCGCAUCUUUGCCAAGUGGAUGCCAGGUCUACUGUACCAAGCGCAGGCGAACCUGGCCCUGUUGACGGCCCAAAUCGCCGCCACAUACGUGAUCAGCUCGGCGCUGUUGUUGCGGAGUAAUUUGCCAAAGGAGGUGGGGAGGAGUGUGGGAGAUGCGCUGGAGAGCGCCUUGGAGCCGGGAUUUGUGAUAAGUUGGUAUGAAGCGUGGUAUACGGUUGCCAGUGGACUUACGGUGUUGGGGAUUUGGGUGGGGAGGAAGAUGGGUGCGGGCACGUAUAAUUCUGCUGGAGGAGGAGGGGGCUGGUCAGGGUUGGAUGAGUGGGAGGAGUUUGGCGGGGAGGAGAUGGGUGUUGGGGCUAAGAGGUCGUAA